UUGCACCAGAGCAAACAAACAACGGAUGUUUACAAACAAAAGUGUGGAAUGACGAGUUUUUCACGCGAAAUAAAUACAAUUUGCCGGCUUUGUUUGAAUGAAAAUGAAGCUUCCCUUGUGCCUACAGCCAAUAUAAUAAAUUCCACGCUAACCGUUGAUGAUAUCGAACGAUUUACCGGAGUUCGUGUUGACGAGGAAUACAGCGCGUCCUACUCGAUAUGUGCCAGUUGUCACAAUAAGCUGCGAAAGUUUGCAGCUUACCGUGCCUUUUGCAUGCACAAUGAUGUACGGUUUAGGGAACGGUUUCUAUCGAUCGGUGAACAUGUCUCCAAAGGUCACAAGGAAAUACAAGAGACACCUGUUCAAUCGCCAGCAGCCACUUGUUUCGUCAAGGAAGAGUGUGAAAAUGGCAAUGAGAACGAUAUUACAAUCAUGUACGUGGACUCAACGUUCGAUGAUCAUGAGGUGGAAGUUGACGGAACAAAAGUCGAUGAAAAUUCGGAGAAAGAUGAGGAUUUGAUUGAAAUCAUUGUACAAACUGAUACACACGACUACCAUACCAAACAGGAACUUUCGCAAUCGUCUGCUUCAGAAGAAAGUUACCAACAGGACGACGAACCUGAAUCGAUCGAUUCCCGGGAAAAUAAUACGAAAAGCAUACGGAAGCAGCUCAAACAACGAACCGGACGAAAGCAAUCGGAAAAGGAUGUUAAAAAUGCAUAUGAUCAAAGCGAAGGAUACAGCACGAAUAGGAAAAACGAACGAAACCAACAGGUUUCAAAGUCACCAAUGAUCCAAAAGCAGCUGUGUUCGAUCUGUGGUAAACUGGUACAAUAUCUGCCGGAUCAUAUUGUGUCGCAUACGAAGGAGCAAAAAUUCUCCUGUGAGCAUUGUCCAAUGACCUGUAGCCGGAAAUCUUAUCUGAAGCUGCACGUUGAAGCUGUGCAUCUGAAGAAGGUGGUAAAAUCGUGCAAAAUCUGUAAUCGAGACUUUACACACAUAACGGGCUAUACGGCGCACAUGCGAGCUCAACACAACGUUGGCGAUUGGUACGAGUGUAAAAUAUGCAACCUAAAGUUCCGCCAUCCGGGAGGCUUGAGAGGUCAUAAUAAUCGGAAGCACAAUGCUGAUAGCAAUUGUGAAUGUGCUAUUUGUGGAAUGAAAUUUCAAGACAAAAAGGGACUGAAAGAUCACAGCAGGGUGCAUUCUAACGAGAAGCCGUUUGCUUGCAGCUUAUGCCCAAAACGAUUCAAAAGUCCUAACGCUCACCGGACGCAUAUGCUGAUCCACAAAGGAGUCGUUUUCUCGUGCACUUUGUGCGAAAAAACCUAUCGCUACAAAUCUUUGCUGAAUACGCACAUGAAAAAGUUUCAUUUCCCAGAAAGAUUAGCAAGCGAUAAGCUGUAUGAAUAAC